AAAAAAAGUAGCAAGUGCAAAACUGAAAAAUGUUGAUUAUAAUAAUAUUCCCUCUGUCAGCAACCACUGACAGAGGGAGAAAAUGAAAAGGAGUUGCAGAAACGAGUAAAGUUUGUAUUUAAUUUUCACAACCUCCAAACCAACCUCUAGUUUCUUUUCUCUGCGGCUUCUUCACCCAUAACCCUAAUUUGUGAAGGGAAUCAUCAACCGGCAAUUUCUAGCAGUCCAACCAAAACGAAGCUUCAGAUUUAGCUCUAAACCUCUAACCCAUUUCAGCAAUGGCCUCAUUCACCAUUCCCAUGUACUUCUUCACUGCCCUUAUCCUUUUCCAUUUAAAAUUCGUUGCUGCAGUACAAAGUUCCUCCUUUUCCUUCAAAACUUUCGGUGAAGACCCCAACUUUGAGUCUAAGAUUGCUUUAUAUGGGGAUGCACAUGUUGCUAAUCAUGGCUCUGUGAUUCAACUCACUAACUCUGUGAAAUGGAGUGCUGGGAGGGUCAUGUAUAAGAAACCUAUCAAGCUUGUUGAAGGUAAAGUUAGGAACUUUGCUUCUUUUUCAACCUACUUUUCUUUCUCAAUGUCACAUGAGAAGGGUGAUGGUUUGGCUUUUGUUAUGGUUCCUAGUAUUUUUAAUGUUAAUGUAUUGGGCAAUAGUUCGUUUGGGAUUUCCUUUGGGUUGAAGGAGAAAAGUAAAAAGGGUAUUUUUGAUGUAGAAUUUGAUACCUCCAAAGAUGGCAAGUAUGGUGAUUUGAAUGAAAACCAUGUGGGGAUUGAUGUGGGUAGUCUUGUUUCAGUUAAAGUGAGAAAUUUAUCAUCUGUCAAUUUGGUAUUAAACAAUGGGGAAAAGUUGCAUUCUUGGAUUGAUUAUGAGGCAACUUCAAAGAGAGUAGAGAUUAGGUUGAGUGAAUCUAGUAGUACCAGGCCUAAUGAACCAUUGCUUUCACACUCAAUCGACUUGGCCACCCUGUGGAAGGAUGAGGAAGUGUUUGUGGGCUUAAGCUCUUCAAGUGGGAACUCUUCUCAGACAUGCUUUAUUCACUUGUGGAGCUUUAAGCUAAGGCAGGUUCCAAAUUGGAUGCAUUCUCAACCACUUGAUCCUGAGGCUAUUUCAAAGAACCCCAAGCCUUCAACAACGGCACACAAGAGUAGCAAUUGUUUAUGGAAAGUGCUUGCCGUGUUCAUCUUCGGUUGCGCUUGUGGAGUGCUGACAGCUUCUUGCCUGCUAUAUCUAUGGACCACACUUGGUGCUAGGCGUCCGGUAGCGCCUGAAGAGUGUAGUGUGCACCCUGUGGAAUUUGAAUACAAGAAAGUCAAAAUAGUAGUAGACGAAGUUGUCAAAGAUGACAAGAAAUAGAUGUUUUAUGUUGUAAAUUGAUCAUCUUUUUGUUUCUGUAAUUGUAGUUGCAGGUUUUGUGUGCGCUUGUAGCUGAUGACCAAUUGUGAAAAAUGUAACUGUUUGUUAAUUAGCGUUUAAUGAUGAAAGCAUUGAAAUUUACUUA